GAUUUUGGCAUGAAAGUCGGAACGUAAAGUAAUCAAACGUCAUUUCCAUGCCGAUUUGCCGAAUCUACUGUGCCGCAAUAUAAUAUUCAAAGAUGUUUAAAUUAAGAAUCAAGCUAUCGAAUGCUCUAGCUCUCAAGCGCAUGAUGUCAACACAAGAAUCAGACGUACUAUUCGAAACACUGAACAAUGCAGGCGUCAUAACACUAAACCGCCCCAAAGCUCUAAACUCCCUAAACACUUCUAUGGUGACAAAACUAUUACCGCAGCUUCAAGAAUGGGAGGACACGAAAACUUGUGUCAUAGUGAAAGGAGCAGGGGAAAAAGCUUUCUGCGCAGGCGGUGAUGUUAAAGCAGCUGUAGAUAAGAUUGAAGGACCGAUCUUCUUCCAUACAGAGUAUAACGUAAACUACUUAAUUGGGAAAUUUAAGAUUCCAUACAUAGCGAUUAUCAAUGGUAUCACCAUGGGAGGAGGUCUAGGGUUGUCGGUGCAUGGACGGUACAGGGUGGCAACGGAGAAGACGCUCAUAGCUAUGCCGGAGACAAAGAUUGGGCUGUUUCCGGAUGUUGGCGGAUCAUAUUUCUUGCCAAGGUUGCAGGUUAAUUUAGGAUUGUAUUUGGGAUUAACAGGUGACAGACUAAAAGGCAAAGACGUGGUCAAAGCGGGCAUAGCCACCCACUUCGUCCCAUCCUCUCGUCUCUACGAGCUAGAAACACUCCUCUCCCGCUGCACCAAUGUGAAUGAGAUACAAGCUUUAUUAACUAAGUUUAAUGAGCCCGCUGAUGAGUUUUCUCUGGCGGAGAAUAUCAAGCAUAUAAAUUAUUGCUUUGCUGCUGGUAGUGUGGAGGAAAUUAUUGAGAGGCUGCAGAAAGUUAAUAACGAUUGGUCAAAUAAAACGUUGAAGACGCUUCACUCCGUAUCUCCUGGCUCCCUGAAAAUCACACUGCGUGCGCUGCAGCGCGGCGCCCAACUGGAACUGGGGCAAUGCCUCAAGAUGGAGUACCGUGUGGCCUGCCGCAGCACUGAGAACCACGACUUCCCUGAAGGUGUCCGCGCCCUCCUUAUCGACAAGGACAACAGCCCCAAAUGGAAGCCGGCCACGCUGGCCGAAGUCACCGAUGACUACGUUGAAGAGUUCUUUAGGAAACUGCCAGAAGAUAGGGAGCUCAAGUUCUUUGAUUUUGAAUCUAAACUUUAACUUAUCCGGCACACCCUGUAUGCGUAUAGCUGCUGCUAACUACACAAACUUUGCAAUGACAAAGUGUGAACGUGUCAUCUUAAAUGUCAGAUUUCUUUGAAAAUUAUUCACAACGACGGGACUUAAUCGCGUAAAAUAAGUUUUAAAUUCACCUCCGACGUUUCGAGGACGGCGUUGUCCCCGUGGUCUCGGAGAAGACUGGCUCAAGUUGACAUCAACAUCUUCUAGGCGCGCGAGUUUUUCGAACUAAGUUUUUCGUUGUGAAUAAUGAGUAAAAAUCAUGAAAGUUUAAAUCAGUGUUCUUUGAAAAUAUAAAGUUUAUUAUGGCAUGUUCACAUUUUUUGUAUGUCGUCAGGAAUUUUUAAUUGUGUCGCAUUGCGUAUGUUCGGUCCCUCACGAGCGCACGCGUAUAGCACAUCUAUAUGACCAGCAGUUUAAAGCAUUUUAGGUACAUUAAAAAAAACCUCUCCGACAACAAUUUAGUACCUAAUAAUGAUUUGACUAGACCAAAACCAUUUUAUUAUGGAUAUCAAACUGUUAAUGUUCUAAAGUCGCUCGCCUUAUUGUAGAAGAUUUCAUUUUCUACAGAUUCUUAUACAUAUAUCUAUCUCAAGUAUCUCGGCUUACCAUAGAUAAUAAAGCACAAAUCGCUACGUUAACAAUCAUCUGACUCACUAGAUGGCGUCGCGCUUUAAAUUUUCUACUGACAAAAUUAUUUGACAGACUAUAGUAAUUAAUGACUACUUAAUUUAAAUUUAAACUACAAAACAGGGUUUCAAGAAUUUAUGCACUAAAUGAAAUAAAACUAUGAAAACGGAUUGUAACGUCGGGAUGUAUUAUAAACUCAAUAUACACGAUAUAAU